UAGAAAGAAGGCAUUCUCUCAUCGCAGGCACCAUUGAUGGUACCGAGCAUGGACUGACUCAUGUUCGUCGCCUCGGCCAUGGCACACACACACGGACAUGGCCCAUCUCUGCACAUCCAUUGACAUGGCUAGUGUCUCAUCCGUCUCAUAAACGGGCCCCGCUACUCUGACGCGACACACCGGCAGAUAGAUAAAUGGCCGCAAAACAUCCUACGAUGCACGAUAAUACCACAGGGCACAUCGAUCCUGUGUGCAGUGAGUGCUGCCUGCCAUAAGAAACAAGUCAGUCUCCAUCUAUCUAAUUUGUCGGCCCACAUGGCGGCCGCCAGCAAAAGGCAAAAAAGCGGCAGCAAAACGAACGAACUAUCAGCGUCUCAACGGCAGAGGCACUCAUCAAUCACUUACCGUCGUCCGAUCUAUCAGCCUAGCAGCCCAAAACUCAUCAGACGUCACAUCUGCAGACAUCACCAAGUGUGGAGCAUGAAACACUCUCUGGGGGUGUGGUGUGUGGGGGAAAGGCAAAAAGCUUGGCCGAGGAGGGGGGGGAGAGGACAGGAGAGGGGAGGGAGGGGAGGUGACCGGCAUGUGCGUCCACAAAUAUCACAUCCGUCGGUCAGGGUGGGUAUAGCAGUGUGUGUGUGUGUGUAUGUCAAAAUCGCACGUAUUCGUGAAGAAUACAUGCGUGAAGCCCUCCCCUCCCUCCCCCACUCCCCUCGGCCGCCCCACACGCCCGCCCCACUACCCACUGUGUCUUCAGUGCCUCUAGCCCAAGCACGAGGCAGUACCUACGUGGUCCUUUCAAAAAUCCCCUCCCUCCCUCCAUCCCUCAGCACAGCCCAGCCCUGCCACCGUGCAAGUAAGGUACCAAUCCAUCCACAGUGCUCGGCCAUGUACCCUCCCCCUCCCCCCUCUCCCCCCUCCGUUGUUCACUGUUCCUUUUCCCGCUCUUCGAGCAGGCUGCCCGACGUGCUCUGGCUCGACAGACUGCGCUUGACGCCCUCCGGUGACUGCUGCCCGCUGCUGCUCUUCUCCUGCUGCUUCAUCUGCAGCGAUGGCUCUCGCUUCUCAAGGCCCGUGUGCGGCAGGAUGGCACCCAUAAUGAAGAAGAAGCCCAUGACCCAGAAGCCGUAGUAGCUGACGGCGCGCCAUGCGAUGAAGGAUGCCGAGAAGGUAAAGAAGACGAAGGGCAUCUGGCUGUAGUGGAUGAACGUCUGGGAGACGAUCCAUCGCACCUGAAUGAAGGCAUCCAUUCAUUAAAUAAGGGAUACAGGAGGGCAAGUGUGGCGCAUCCAUGGGUGUCUGCGUGCGUACCACUUGGUAGAAUUUGGCCAUGAUGGGCCGGUCCUCCAUCGGCCAUCGGUAGCGCCACUGCACACAAGGACACAACACGCCCAUACGGUGACAGACUCGUCCGUCCCGUGUGCCAUCCAUCUUUUCCUAUCCCUCGACUGACUGACCACAAGGUCUUGGCUGAGUUCAAACACAGGGUAGAGUGAGAAGGCCAGGUAGUAGCCCGCAUCCCAGCCAUGCCAAAACGCACUGAUCGUCGUCGUCACCAACUUGCGCAACAGAGGAAUCCUGCACACACGCACAAGCACAAGCACAGUGAGUGACGCCACUCAACUCGCAACUCGCACACCCAUUCAUUAUCCUUUCUCUCCCUCUCCUCUGUCUGCCUGUCCUGCCUGACUGACUUGAUGGGCAGUCGCUUGUAGACAUUGAGGGCCAUCCAGGUCUGCACACUGCUGUUCCACUUCUUGAUGACUUCCCGGAUGUUCUGCGACCAGUCAAGCGUCGGAUUGUACGUCAUAAAAACGUCAUUGUUCACGCCGUUGAGCGCGCUCGUGUCGCAGCCUGCACAUACACACACACACACACGCACGCACAGGUGCGUAUGUCUGACUGCCUGUCUGCCUGGUCACAAUGUGGCGGUCCCUUACCGACGCCAGCUGCUGCACACGUGCACUCGGCAAUGAACCAGCAAAACAGAAUCUCGGCCUUCUUGACCAACAACACGAUGUUGAUAUAGAACAAACGAUACCUGACAUACGCAGCACAGAUUCGCCAAUGUGCCCAUCUGCAGCCUUGUUUUGAUGGCUGCAGCAGCAGUCCUCACCAGAAUGAGUGCUCCAGAAAGGCGGGCUCGAGCACGGCCGCCACAUUGAAUCGCGGGAGCAGCAGAUAGGCCAGCCAGUGCAUGGAGCACUCAUAUCCCCUCUUGAGCAAGAAGCCGCCGAAGUUCCUGGCCUUGGUGUUGGGGUUGUCGAACGUGUCCUGCACGGCCCGCCAGCUGAGGGUGGGGCCACUCCAGAUGCCGGGGAAGAACAGCAUAAAGCUCAUGAAACACGUCAGCGGCGGGACGGCCUGCGAGUCCUCCGCGUGGAAGGCAAACGUACCCAACCUGACGCACACCGACACACAGAGGGGGGAUCUGAUCUAUAUAGGUAUCUCUGUGCGGUGCGCAUCCCAUCGCAGGUCUCUCUCGUCUCUCUCGUCGCGACGGGGCGGGAGGGAGGCGAUCCAAAUACAUACCUGAGAGUGAACAUGUAGAAGGCCAGAUCUCCCGAGAUCGGCAGGUGCAGCCAGCCCAUCAUGGCCUUGAUCCGCAUCAGAUUUGCAAAGCAAAAGGCCAGGGCUAUCACCACGCACCCCGCCAUCCGCCGUCUGUAGAGCAGCCGCGUGAGGCCAUAGCAGACGAGCGAGAGGAGGAUUGGCAUCCAGACGGCACUCUGGAACAUCAGCACCCAUAUUAUGGCGCCGACGAGGGAUGAGAAGAGCCGCCGUGACGAUGUGGGCAGGGCGGGCAGCGCAAAGGAGAGGGAGAACGCGCCGAAGAGAGUCGCGGGAUAGAGAAAGGCAGGCUCAGACAACGCAGAGUGAGAGAGAGGACCUGGUGCCUCCGCAAUGUCGGCGCCCUCCAUCACUGGCGCGGGCCUUCUCACCCCUGGCAGCCUCUCUGGCGACACACACGGCCGCUUGCACUCCUCACCGCCCUCGGGG